AUGAGCUUUAAUGCUUCCAAAUUUCAGAAAGCGAGCUAUGUCAGCGAAGAACACUCGCUCGCCCAGAAAGCCAGAAAGUUGAGGGAUUCAUGGUCACUUAGAAGAAAUAGCGGUAGCGAUUCUACGGGUUCUCGAGGGAAACUUGUUCAAGGCGUUCAAGCCACGGAGGCUCCAGUUUCGCGAAGACAGUCCUUCCUUCAGAGGAUAUUUGGCCGCGCUAGUUCGAAAGGUCUGUCUCGCACAACGUCUUCGUCUAAUCGCGGAAGAAGAUUAAUCAAGCGGGUAAAUACCGUGAGGUUCUCUUUCACCCAAAAGGGUUCGAAGAACGAGAGUGGAAGCAGCCAAGAUAGCGAAGGGAGCUUGAACUGCAAAGAGAUCAUCAAACCAGUGCAACAGAAGAGGGAGGCAAGCCACGGGACUGUGUCCGAAGCCGAGUAUAUGUCCUUGCUACGAGGAAGCCAGAAUAUGUUUGUCCAUGUUCAGCAUCUUUCCGGGGGAGCGGUGGUUCACGAUGCUUCUGGACGUCAACGACUUCUUCAGAUGGACGAAGUCGCACGAGUUUUCCUACAGCUGAAGAAUGAGCUUUCCGCUGCUACGACCUACUCCAAAGCCCUAAUGGCACGCUUUGGCGCAGAGACAGCCUCCAAGCAGGGGAAUUCGAACGCGGCAGUUGUGGAGUAUCAUGAAGCACUGCGGAUCCUGGAGAGCGCCCCGGCACUUGAUAGUGAUAGAUUAUCUAGGGCAUCCAUCCUGCACUCAAUGGGCCAGUCAUACCAUGACCUAGAUAUGCCUACAGAGUCAGGGUCAUGUUAUUUAGAGGCUCUCGGUCUCUACAAACGCUCUCUGGGACGUGACCAUCCCACUAAUUUUACGGUUCUACACGAUCUGGGUGCGCUCUUCGAAAAAGACGGAUACGCCACCGAAGCAGCUGCAUUGUACGAGCGAUCGUUCGCAGGGAGGUUGAAGACGCUUGGUCAGCAUGCCCCCGAGACAUUGAGUAGCAUGCAAGAUCUUGCGUCUCUCAAAGUCUCACUGGGCGAUAUGGAAUCCGCACUUCUCCUGUUGGAGAGGGCUGUCCCUGCUCUUGAUACGGUGUUCGGGCUACAGAACGAGACCACACUGAAUGCAAUGAACAAACUAUCCCUGUUGUAUCAGAAACUCGGCUUGGACGAGCAGUCUCGUCUGAUAUGCGGCAGGAUUAUUCCACACUGCAGGACCACCUUCGGCCUCACGAAUCCUGUAACGAGAGACGCAGUUCUGCGGUAUAUCCAAAGCUCUGAGAAUUUUGACUUCCCGCCUGAGAUUACAGAUGUACUUGAUCAAUACCAGAAUUCUCGGGACCCAGAGGCCCUUCGUGUCGUCCAUCGACUGGGGAGGUCGUUCAUGGAUGCAGGACUUAACCGCGAUGCCGCUGCACUAUUCGAGACUCUAUUCGAAGAUCUCCUAGUCGUCAAAGGCCCAGAAGCCCCCGAGACGUUUGACGCUCUGAGUGCGCUCUGCGUGUCGCGCGAACACCUCGACUUCGUGGACAAGGCAAUUCUUGCGUAUCAACAACUCGUGCAGAUGGCAUAUUCAACGCCAGACGACCAUCAUUCGCGCAAAAGGAUCGGCUAUGCACAGAAGAGAAUUGGCGAACUCAACCAGCGACGAGAGGUUCUGGCUACAGAGAGGAAAGACUGGGGGUUGCAUGAAUCUGGAAAGUGCGAGCACUGCAGAUGCUCCACCAAAAUCCUAUGCAACACAUGCAAGAUAUCCCACUUCUGCAGCGAACUCUGCCACAAAUCCAGCCUCCAAACCCACCGCCCACACUGCAUCCCCUCCGUCUCCCUCCGUGAGUCCAAAUCCCUCGCAGUCAAGCCGCGCUGCCCGGCCUCCGUCCAAGACCAAGCCCUCUCAAAGCUCUACCAGCUCAACAGAACGAGAUCCACCGGCAUCACCGCCAGCUACACCUUCUCCUUCGAUCCCCGGAACUUCACCACGUUCCGCAUGAAGCUCAGCUCCACCACCAACACCCUCAUCAUCUUCUCGCUCGACUCGGACAUCCAAUUCGCCACGCUCGACUGCAGCUCAUCAUCCACCCGCUCCUCCGCUAGCACCAGCGGCUCCUCGACCCCGGAAAGCGAGCAUCGGGAUCUUGUCCAAUGGCUCACCCCGCAGCGACAGGAGACCAUCUGCUACGCCCCCUCCGAAGCGUUCGGGUCUCAGGGAAAAUACCUCCUCGUGACCCCCGGCAAGGGUAUGCUCAAGUCAACCGUCGAUCAGCGAGUCAAGGUGCGCGGCGCCAAUGGUGAAAAGGAGCAUUUCCGCUCCCUGGCGCUCCCGGACAAUGAACUCAUCGAGUAUGCGCAGGGAUUACUUCUGAGUGGAUAUCUAGAGGAAGCAUUCAUGUAUGUGUUCGAGUGGGACUGGAGGUAG